AUGGAAUCACCGGCUAUUCACCCGGAGUCUCCUAUGGAGCAGGAUGAGGUCCCCUUCCCGUGUAUGGGUUGCGGAGAGAUAUUGGAAGAAGGAAAGGCCUUUGAGCUCUCUGGACAGAGAUGGCACAUCGACUGUUUCCGAUGCAGCACUUGCGGCACCCUUCUAGACUCGGACGCACACCUCCUUCUCCUCGGUGACGGCUCACUCAUCUGCAGCAGUUGUACCUACAGCUGUAAUUCCUGUGGUAACAAGAUUGAAGAUCUGGCGAUUCUCACAGGCGACCAGGCUUUCUGCGCCCAGUGUUUCCGUUGCCGCAACUGUAAAAAGAAAAUCGAGAACUUGCGCUAUGCCCGGACUUCCCAAGGAAUCUUCUGUAUGGACUGUCACGAAUCUCUUAUGCAACGAAGACGAAAGAAAAAAGCAAGUGCCGUGGGGAAACGACCGGGGGGACCAGGGAUAAAACUGGACAAGUCGUUGCCCUCGCUUCCCCCAAGCAUGGAGGAAACUCGUUCCAUUGAUGAGGCCGCCAGCGAGACAUACGCGGAGGUCCCAGAGCCCUCCCACGGAAGGUCAGACGGCCAUGGCGAUCAUUCACGAACUGAGAGUUCGCCCACGCGCCAGCCGGCUGCCACAGAUAACCUCAUCCUCCCAUCGAGCACUUACCGAAGCAGUCGUCAAUUGGGCGGACCGCGCGAUAACGACGCAGACGGAGGCGGCGAAUUCCUCAUUCCUCUCACCUUCGACCCCUCCGAGGCCCUUCGCUCAUCCUCCAAUGCACAAUCCCAGCAAGAGCUUCCCCGGGAUUACUUUGGCCAGAUGGGAUCGGGUGAUUCGUCUCUCAGAACCUCUCGCGACGGCCGUGAUUACACUCUUGAACCUCCCUCCCGUGCCUCAUCAGAGCAACCAUCGCCCCAUAUUGCAUACCAGGAGAAAGGUCGGGAAGCCCGUGAGACCGAGUCCAGUCGACGUGACAUGGAUUCCCGCAACGGGUGGCCGGAGAAGCCUUCCACAUCACAAUCGGAAAGAGCUAGGCUUGGCAUGUCGGAGUCUGCUCGCAGCUCUCGGUCUGAUUUGCCAUUGGCGCUGCGAGAGACGAGUGCUUUCUCUGGAGCGACUAGCCCUGAGAGCAGCCGCUCGAAGGAAGCCACUGGGCUGGAUGGGAUGACCCCAGGCUCUGCGCGUCCCUCAACCGAACUUCGCAGACCCCACGAGCACGCAACUGGGGACUCGACCCGUUCUCAACCUACGAACAUGGCAUACCCACCAAAGCGGGGCGAUUCGCUCGAGGGCAAGCACCAUAUCCCACGGAAGGAGGUCAGCUCACCCGCAUCCUCUGCUUAUGGUGGAUCUCCCAGACUGCCUGAUAGCAUCACCGAGCAGCACAAGCAAAACAUGACCUCGGUCAACACUACAAUGGACGGCGCGGGCUCGCCAUCUCAAACGCGCUACAACGGCAGUGAAUUUUCCCCAGAUGAUGAGCAAAAUAGCGAAUCGUUCCUCCGACGCAUGUCCAAUUCCGUCCGUCAUGGCCGAAGCUUCAGUGACAAGAGUAUUCGCCUAGGGAAAGACGGGAAAUAUCCCCGCUCGCCUGCUAAUGGCAGCUCGAUUGGAACGGACAUUGGUAGCCCUACAGCCAGCACUGCCCAGGCCGAGGAAAUUUCCUGGCUUCGCAACGAGCUGCGCAAGGAGCGUCUGCGUGUGUCGGAGCUGGAGGCUGCUGUUCGCGCCACCGCCGAUGUGAAGCAAGUCAAUACUGAGCUCUCGGAGAAGCGAUCCACCAUGGUGGUCCUGGAUGCACAGAGAGAAAUCGUUCUGCGUGAGCUCACGGUACUGACGGACCAUUUGGAGGCUGAGAAACGCGGUGCUGCCGGUGGACCUUUGGACCUCGGAAAGCUUUCCAACCGUGUUCUUCGCGAACUUGCCGAGUCAAUUCACAAGCUCAAGGAGACCUACACUCCGCAAAUUGAAGAACUCAUUCAACAGCGAAAUGAUUUGACAGAGGAGCUCGCCAAUCUUAACCGCCAGAAGGAAAAGACCUUCUCAGAAUUCGAGCAGCUUUCGUCCAAAAACGCUCAGCUGGCCGAGUUGAACAAUACAUUGGUGCACCAAAUCCAGGAGCUCUACAAGAACAGCUCUGACGGCCCACGUGGUCCUAACGGACUUGGAAUUGUAUCACACAGCAAGGACAGAUCCAUUGGUUCGCUCGAGACUCUCAAGCCUACCAUUGAUAGCCUUGGACCGUCGAUCUCCACUGCCCAUAUUUCCGACGACAUGGAAACCCAGACUGCCACAGCUACAAUUGUCCCUGGUCCUCAAGUUGUCAACCUCCGCAAGGGCAAGUUCAUGAACUGGAAGAAGGGCGGUCAGAAUGUCGCCAAGGGCGUUAAGGGUCUCAAGGGCGCCUUCAUGUCCAGCGAAAAUGCAGAGGGAGGCGGUGGUCUUCCCCGUUCUCAGACUCAAGAUCCCAGCCGACAGGGCUUUGGGUUCUUUGGAAACCAACGCAGUAAGCAAGGCGGCAAGAUGUCGCAGGCUGACAGCGUGCCAGUUUUGACCGAGGUUGUUGGAGGUGGUCUCUUCGGUACCGAUCUGGAGGCACGGAUGGAGCAUGAAAAGAGCAUCAUUCCGGCCAUUGUUACCCGUUGUAUCCAGGAGGUUGAACUGCGAGGAAUGGACAUGGAGGGCAUCUACCGCAAAUCAGGUGCUGCCUCCGCCAUUCAGGGCAUUCGUGAUGGCUUCGAGCGCUCUCCAUUCGACUAUGACAUUUCUGAUCCCGACCUUGACAUUCAUGCUGUCACUUCUGCUCUUAAGCAGUACUUCCGCAAGCUACCAAUGCCAUUGAUCACAUACGACAUUUACGACAAGAUCAUCGAUUCAGCUGAGAUUACACACACCCCUGCACGAGUUGAGCUUCUAGUAAAGCAUCUGUCUGAGUUGCCUCGUGUGCACCGCGACGUGCUCGAGUUCCUGGUAUUCCAUCUGAAACGUGUGGUUGAGCGCCAAGAUGAGAAUUUGAUGACCAGCCAGAACAUCGCCGUCGUUUUCGCGCCGACCAUCAUGCGGCCUGAGAGCUUGGCCCGCGAAAUGACAGAUGUGCAAAAGAAGAACGAUAUUCUCAAGUUCCUGGUUGAGAACUGCCAGGACGUCUUCAUGGGCAUGCAGAACUGAUCUUGGACUUCCGAGGUCGUUUUCCCUUUACCUUGAUCAUUUACACUGUUUGAUGUCUCCCUUUUGAUGUCCAUUUCUUAUCUUUGGCUGCUCCUUUUCUGUACAGAUGUACAGAAACCCGACCAAAUCUUUCCUUGGUCUCUUGUUCCUCGCCCAAUCCCAUUAUCCCCUCCCCUCUUCUGCCUCAUUCCACACUGCUCUGUUUACGAUCAGCGCUGCACGCUCGAUACAGAUACCCGGUCACGUCAUUGUUUGAUUCUGCGUUCUCUGCUUCCCCUCUGCGCUUCUCUUUACAUAUUCCGCAGGUUCGAAGCUAGUCCUUUUUCUCCUCCUCAUUCUCCCUCGGUCCUACCUCGUUGGCCUCGUCUUGCAACAAAAGUCGCCUGUCUGGUGUCUUGCGGGGGCUAUUAUCUUCAAAAAUUCUUGUUUUUGCUUGGGUGGCUUUUGUGGUGACUCUGCCCUUGUCCAGAUUCUUACUUUUUAUUUUUGGUUGUAGUGAUCACACUUUGCCUCUUUUUUGAUUCACACCCCCGUGUUGAGCGAGCAUUGGAUAGUGUCUCUAGCGUUAUGCAUUUUUUAUCGCCGGCCGAAAUCGGAUUUUUGUGUAGAUUGAUAUGUUUUUGUCUUGGAGAGUUUCCUCGUAUGGGAGAUAGUGGUGUUGUCGAAGUAAAUUAGCG